UUAUCAAUAGACUCCCAACCCAAUCAAGGCUCCUCUCACUUGCUCCCACCUCAUCCUCUGUCUGAUAUCAUCUCAAAACUUCUUCCAUCAAAAAAUCUCUCUCAAAGCUUCUCUUCUUACUGCUUUUCUGCCCCUUUUUUUUUUCUUCCUUUUCUCUCUCUUCAGGCUCUAGCCAUGGCUGCUCUAGUUCUCCUUGUGCUUCUGUUGGCCAUCAGUGGUGGUUCAGAUGCUGCUUGGUGUGUUUGCAAGUCUGAUCAGAGCAGCACUGAUUUACAAAAGACCUUAGACUAUGCUUGUGGAGCUGGGGCAGACUGCAACCCUAUACUACAGAAUGGGGCAUGCUACAAUCCCAACACAGUGCUGGCCCAUUGCUCUUAUGCUGCCAAUAGCUACUACCAGAGAAAGGGCCAGGCUGAUGGGACCUGUGACUUCUCUGGCACUGCCACUCUCACCAAUUCAGACCCUGGAGGAAAUGGGUGCACCUAUCCUGCAACUCCCAGUGCUGCAGGAACCUCAAGUACCUCAAACAGCACAAACACCUCAAGCUCACCAACCUCAUCUGGUACCACCUCAACAGGUACUGGAGGAGUGCUGGGACUUGGUCCCACUGGCACAACCAGUGUAGAUGGCACUAAUGGUGGCUUGCUUCCAAAGGCUAAAAUGGAUUCACUCCUCUCAACCAUCCUCCUCUCUUUUCUUGCUCUCUUGAGGAUCUGAUUCAAGUUUAUACUGAUGCUGUUUUUGUUGGGUGGUGGAUUGGGGGAUCCAUCCAGAGACAUUCCCCCACUAGGUUUGUUGUUUAGUGGCAUGAAAGGUGAUGAUUCCUUUUGGUGUAGAUUGGUAGGAUGGAAGUCUCUUUCUUUCAAGGACCUUUGUCCCUUUUUUUUUUUGACCUUUUUGUAAAUCCAGGGAGGUAGUAAUUUUAUUAAUUGAAUGAGGAUAUGGGUACCCUCCCAUUUCAGGCUGC